GCUCUGCCGCUCAGGAGGCGGGCGGGCACCCUGGCCCCCACGCACGCCCGGGCAUCCCCACCCACACCCGCGUAUCUGUAUUUUUGCCCGGAAAAAAGUGUCAAGAAAGCGAUGCUGGCCCCCAAUGAGGCGUUCCUUCCCGACUUUUUUGGAUCAAUCAAACAGACAGUGGCUUCUUUUGAUUAAAGCCCAAAUUGUCAUUGGGCAGAAGCAAUCAUGUGACAGCCAAUUCGGUCCAAUUUCAACCUUGUCUCCAUGAAUUCAAUAGUUUAAUAGUAGCGCGGUCCCCAUACGGCUGUAAUCAGUGAAUUAGAAAAAAAACACCCCAGCAGCGAUCGUCUAUGGUAGAUUUUUUUUUUUCCUCCGCGCUCGCCUUUUUCCUGGGCCUCGCCCCCCCAAAGCCCCUCCAAAAGAGAGAACUUUUACUCCGAGGGGGCUCCAAGGAGAAGGCCAUGAAUUACGAAUUUGAGCGAGAGAUUGGUUUUAUCAAUAGCCAGCCGUCGCUCGCUGAGUGCCUGACAUCUUUUCCCCCUGUCGCUGAUACAUUUCAAAGUUCAUCAAUCAAGACCUCGACGCUUUCACACUCGACACUGAUUCCUCCUCCUUUUGAGCAGACUAUUCCCAGCCUGAACCCGGGCAGUCACCCUCGCCACGGCACUGGCGGCCGCGCCAAGCCGAGCCCCGCGGGCAGCCGCGGCAGCCCGGUGCCCAGCGGCGCCCUGCAACCGCCCGAGUACCCCUGGAUGAAGGAGAAGAAGGCGGCCAAGAAAACCGCGCUGCCGCCCGCCGCCGCCGCAGCCGCCGCCGCCACCGGCCCUGCUUGCCUCAGCCACAAAGAAUCCCUGGAGCUGGCCGACGGCAGCGGCGGGGGCUCGCGGCGCCUGAGGACGGCCUACACCAACACGCAGCUCUUGGAGCUGGAGAAGGAGUUCCACUUCAACAAGUACCUCUGCAGGCCGCGCAGGGUGGAGAUCGCCGCGCUGCUGGACCUGACCGAAAGGCAAGUCAAGGUGUGGUUUCAGAACCGCAGGAUGAAGCACAAGCGGCAGACCCAGUGCAAGGAGAACCAGCACAGCGAAGGGAAAUUUAAAGGCCUCGAGGACUCGGAGAAAGUGGAGGAGGACGAGGAGGAGAAGUCGCUCUUCGAGCAAGCCCUCGGCGUCUCGGAGGCCCUUCUGGAGAGGGAAGGUUACACUUUUCAGCAGAACGCCCCCUCUCAGCAGCAGGCUCCCAACGGACACAAUGGCGAUUCCCAAAGUUUCCCAGUUUCGCCUUUAACCAGCAAUGAGAAAAAUCUGAAACAUUUUCAGCACCAGUCACCCACUGUUCCUAACUGCUUGUCAACAAUGGGCCAGAACUGUGGAGCUGGCCUAAACAAUGACAGUCCCGAGGCCCUGGACGUCCCCUCUUUGCAAGACUUUAGCGUCUUCUCGGCAGACUCCUGCCUGCAGCUCUCAGAGGCAGUCUCGCCCAGUUUGCCGGGCUCCCUCGACAGCCCCGUAGAUAUUUCACCUGACAGCUUUGACUUCUUCACAGACACACUCACCACAAUCGACCUGCAGCAUCUGAACUACUAAAAACAUUAAAGCAAAAACAAAGCAGCACACAACAAAAAUCCCUCCGACCAGGUGGCUUUGCCUUCGCUCAUUCCGGGAGUUGAUUUUUCCCCCCUUCUCUUUUCUUUCUUUUCUGCCGUGACCUCGCCCGCUCCCUCCUUUAAAUGCGGAGGAUUUUCUGUUUAGCGACUCCCCUGCCCCAGUUUCAGAGCCAUCAUCUCUUACAGAUUAUGUUGGAGUUUUCCUUGUUUUUAAAACCUAAUCCAACAACACUCUGUGAUGUCCUGAAAGCAAUAUAUGAGGCCUGAAAGAAAGUGAUCAUCAAUUGUAUCUUCACUUUCUUUUUAUUUUUGUAUUACAUUAGGAUGCAUUGUCAUGCGUAUUUUUGGUAGAAUAAAUUCUCCUUUGCUAUAAGUAGCUUUCUUAUUUUUUCCUCUCCCCCUCUUUCUCAAGGCUCCUAACAGUUUCUUCUUCUAGUCUAACUUGGUAAAUAAAAAUUCUGGUCACAAUUCAUCUUCUUUUUUCAAUUUUAAUAUAUUUAUUAAGGUGGCAUGU